GGCCGGGUUUACUCGGUGGUGUUUUAUUAUAGUUUUUAAUGUUGAAAACCAUUUGAAACAUAUCCGGCAAAGGUUUUGUAGUGUUAUCGCCUUAGCUGAAAUCCUUAAGUAAACAGUUUGUUAUCUGUGUGCCUUACGAUUUUAUUAAAUUUUCUACCAAAAUGGCUGAAGGUUUGACCGAUAAGGAAGCGAAGGAGCUUCUAAAGCUGCCGGAUGCCGAAACAAAGAACUUUCUUUUUCAACAAACGAUGUACCGCAUCAAGGAUCCGCGAGCUUCGCUUCCGUUCUACAAUGAGGUGCUUGGCAUGAAUUUGCUGUGCAAGCUGGACUUCCCGGAGGCGAAAUUUUCACUCUACUUCAUGGGAUAUGAGGACAUCGGCAGCCAACCCACGGACCGCAAGGAGUGUAUGCAAUGGGCUAUGAGCCGUAAAGCGACCCUUGAGCUUACUCAUAACUGGGGCACUGAGAACGAUUCCGAGUUCAAGUACCACAAUGGCAACACCGACCCUCGUGGAUACGGCCAUAUCGGAAUUAUGGUACCCGACGUUAAGAAAGCGUGUGAACGGUUCGAUCGACUGGGUGUGGAGUACGUAAAGCGCCCGGACGAAGGCCGCAUGAAAGGAUUGGCCUUUAUCAAGGAUCCGGACGGUUAUUGGAUUGAGAUUUUCAACGCGUCCACAGUGGCUGCCCAUUAAUUUCGCUUGCAUUGAUAGCAAAGAUGGUAAGGUAGCUCUCUGACGCUACCGGAAGUUGUAUUUUAAAUAAAACGGGAUAUUCAAUACGGUGUAACCAUGGUAAAUGCUGUUCAAAU